CGAAAACACUGCAAGGCGGGGGAAAUAAUAAUCACUGUCCGUGGUGGUGCUGCUGUUGCGAGGGAGAGGGAACCGCAUCUCCCGAUGUCUUCAGGCUGCCCGGAUCGUUUGUUUAUCUGCGGCUCCCGGUUUAUUCGUGUCAACCCCGGCCUUUCUCGGUCGAUAGAAUGAAAGGAUGGCCAAGCGGCGAGAUGCGGACGAGGAGAACAGAGAGCUGAUCGGCCCUGCUGCGGUCCAGCGAGAUGCGACGCUGUAUCCCGGGAUGGCAAAAAUGGACGGAAUGGAGGAAAGAGGGGGAAGUGAACUGUCUUUAGAGGAGAUUUUAAUGCUCUACAGCCAACCGAUAAAUGAAGAGCAGGCUUGGGCAGUGUGUUACCAAUGCUGCGUAAACCUGGCUCAGGGACAUAGGAGGAAUUCUGGCCCCGCUGCCGGUGCAUCAGUGGUGGAUACUGCAAAGAGGAUUGAGGGACCACAGGAUGUGAGGAUUCAGAAAGACGGAGCUGUCAAAUUACAAUAUGAAGGCUGUGACGGUAAAUCCAUCCCAGCCACAUCAACAGAGGUGAUUGAGUCUCUGGGCAUCAUGAUCUACAAGGCGUUGGACUACGGACUGAAGGAGAGCGAGGAGCGGGAGCUGAGCCCACCCCUGGAGCAGCUCAUAGACCUCAUGACCAACAUGGGCGAGGCUGAGAGAGACGCCUGCCCUGACGAAGGUUACGAGGCCACCGAGGAAGAGGAGGAGGCCGAAGACGACCCCAUCAACAUCUGUAAUGUCCGUGGCUACAGGGACAUCCUGAAGAUGUGUGUGUCUCACCUCCCCAGCCCUGGCGAUGCCCCCAGCCACUACCAGGCUGUGUGCCGUGCUCUCUACGCUGAGACCAGGGAGCUACGCUCCUUCCUGGAGAAGAUCAAGAGUGCCAAAGAGAAUCUUCGGAAGAUGGGUGGCGAGCCGUCUGAGGAUCCCAGCAGAGACCUAAAUGAGCUCCAGAAUGCAGACUGGGCUAAGUUCUGGAUGCAGGUGAUGGGAGACCUGCGGAACGGGGUGAAGCUGAAGAAGGUCCAGGAGCGCCAGUACAACCCUCUGGCCAUUGAGUUCCAGCUCACGCCCUACGAGAUGCUCAUGGAUGACAUCCGCUCCAAACGCUACAAACUACGCAAGGUCAUGGUAAACAACGACAUACCACCAAGGUUGAAGAAGAGCGCCCAUGAGGUCAUCCUAGACUUCAUCCGGUCCAGACCUCCUCUUAACCCUGCAGCAGCCAGGAAGCUGAAGCCCCAGCCCCAGGUUCCUCCCACCCUGCACGAGAGGAUCCUGGAUGAGAUCAAAUCUGAGAGGAAACUGAGACCUGUCUCUCCUGAUGUGAUCCGCAGGAGCAGGCUGGUAAUUCGGCCUCUUAGCAUGUCUCAAAGUUUUGACUUGUCAGGUGGAGGAAUAUACUACAGCACUCCACAGUUGAUCCUUACACGUCAAGAUGUGUCCAGCCCUGAUGGCCGCAGGAAGACUACUAGCACCAUGACCCUCAGCAGUCUGUCCAAUGGGAGUCCAGGGACACCAGGGGGUGGAGCCCAGGCCUUAUGUCAGAGGAAGAGGCUGAAAGCGCCUACCCUGUCAGAACUGGACAGCUCCGACUCUGACGAUGACAUCACCAUUGGGGGUCGAAGGUCAGCCAGUAGCUCCAGUGUCUCUACAUCGGUGGUAGAUGACACAUCUCCAGAGUCUGUACUGGGCAGGAAGACUCCACCCAUGUUCCUGCCCAUCUCCUCCACCCCCCAGCCUGAGAGAAGGCAGGCCCCCCAGAGGAGACACUCCAUUGAGAAGGAAACACCCACCAAUGUACGUCAGUUCAUACCCCCAUCCAGACAGAGCUCCAAGUCUCUGGUCGGGAGGAUAGCCCAUCAUCUGUUCCCCUGGACCCCCCUCCUCCUCCACUCCCCUCCCUCCACCCUCCACCCCUUACGGAGCUCCUACCCUGUCGAGGUGUUUGUCUUGGGCAUGGUGUGGUCUGCCCUGUCUGCUCUGUGCAGGGGAAGAAAGCCUGUCAAGGAGGAGUUCUGUUUCCCAGUAGAGUGCUUGUCCCUGACAGUGGAAGAGGUGAUGCACAUCAGACAGGUGCUGGUCAAAGCAGACCUGGAGAAGUUCCAACAGUACAAGGACGUGUACAACGCUAUGAAGAAGGGAAAGCUUUGCUUCUGUUGCCGAUCCAAAAGGUUUUCCUUGUUCACCUGGUCCUACACCUGCCAGUUCUGCAAAAGGCCUGUGUGUUCACAGUGCUGUCAAAAAAUGAGGCUGCCCUCCAAGCCCUAUGCCAACCUGCCCAUAUAUUCCCUGGGCUCUACCACCACUCUACCCAGGGACCGGGUAGCAGCCCUGGGGAAAGCUGCCAGUAUAGCUGGUCCAUCAGCCACCCCAACAGCAGCAGCAAUUUCAGCAGGAAAAGGAAAAGCAACAGUUAAAGCAGCAGCCUCAGCAGCAGCAGCAGGACCAAGCAGAGCAGCAGCAGCAGCAGGACCAAGCAGAGCAGCAGCAGCCUCCAAGCCUGAGAAACCCUCUACCAGCCACCACCGCCUCAGCCUUCAGAAGACCAUGUCCAAGUUGUCUAAACACAGUAGUCUGGAGAAGUCCCAGUCCCGUGAUGAGGUGGAGCUCCCAGCUGAGCUGAUGGAGGACUGGAGCACCAUGGAAGUGUGCGUGGACUGCAAGAAGUUCAUCCACGACAUCAUCUCCUCCAGCAAGCACAGCCUCUCCCUGGCCACCAAGCGGGCGCGCUUAAAACGCAAGACCCAGUCCUUCUACAUGUCGUCUCCCAAGGGAGCUGAUUACCGACCCUCGGAAAGAACAAUCAACGAGGUCUAGACUCUCCCCUCGUCCUUGUCUACCUUCUCCACUGUCUUCUAGCUGCUCCCAGAACUUAUGGCACAAUACAGAACUCUGAGUGACUGGGAUUUGAUCUGGAUGACUGUGCUGCGAUCCGACCUAUACCAGUAGACGUGUCUAGUUUAGUCUGUCUGUCGAUGCUGUCAGAGCGGGCUGUGGACCUUUACUUUUCCUUGGAGGAAUGUGGACUGUGUAGUCAGUGCUUGUUGCCAUGUCCUCUGAUCGUCACAUACAGUACCAGUACUUUCAGACAAAAGGAUACUAGUCCAUUUUUAUACAAUAUUUUGUUCAGUAAUGUGAAUGUUCCCGUAAUGUUUUCCAUAGAGAGGUGGUUAAGGACACUGAAUGAUCAAAUGUAAAGUAUGAGGUAGUGUAAAGAUUCAAAGCGGUAUGGCCUCAGUCACCCCCUAUACUGUGGUAGGAGCUACUCGCCCACAGAAAAAUCAAUGAGCACAAGGCAAAAUAACGCUCCAUGUUUGAGUUCCUCAGGCUGUACUAUUCUACCGUAAGAGAGUAGGUGUGAUGCUAACAACACAAGUCCCAUACUGAGAGCUGCGAACACCUUAAAGUGGAGACAAUAUGAGACAAAAGCAACAAACGAUUGGACGAUGACUUAAAAAUAUAUGGAACUGUAGAUGUUUUUUUUUACAAGUUAGCAUUUUCUAUGGUAUGGUAUACAUGUGUACAUAUGGUUCGGCUUAGAGUCAGGUGGUUUGUGAUGAAAAGUUGUCUCCUUUUUACUCUUCUUGACAUGUUCAGGUUAUUUUUAGCUGACGGUACAAUAAUGAGUUAUGCUCAUUGAUGUUCUCUGGGUUCUGAGCGGUCUUGAUGAAGCAUCAUUUUUACCAUAAAGAAUAACAGGUAAACAAACAGCGUGUCACUUUGCUCAAAGUUGGAUCAUACCCAUGAAGGUAGCCCAAACCUCUCACCUGUCUCUCCUUAGGAGUAGGGUCUACAGGACUGUCAGGUGUCAGCUUUAGUGCCAAAAUGAUUCCCUUCUGUCUAAUCCAUAAUAUAAAACCCAAAUAAGUAUUUUUCUCUGGUGUAAAUAUUCAUUGACCUUGCUAUAGAUAGCCAUCGCAGCCCCCGAUUAGAGCAUGCUUCUGCAAAAGACGUCAGACUACUGAAUAUACUAACCAUAGAAAUAGAAUGGUUAGUAUGUUGCCAACUACCAUUGUUGCAUAUUAUUAUGGGAUAUUAGAAUCCCGUUGUCUUAACCUUUGUCAUCUUCAAUUUAGACCCAUGCCAGGAAGUAAAAGCAGGAUGUGUACCCUUCAUUCUGUGCUGUGAUGUUUUGUUGAUUCAACUCAACUGACAUUACUAAAUAUGUUGCAUUGCAUGAGCCACAUCAGUUAGCAUCAUUUGAAUCAACAGUCUUCAUUACCAUGGCAAUCCAGCAUCAGUUGAUAGAGCAUUCCAAAUAACCAUGGAAAUGAUUGCAUUGCAAUACCAUGGAGCCAUUGUGAGUGUACAGAUGAGUUUACCUGUCAAAUUUCCAGGGUUAGAGCUUCCAACCCUGUUCUAUUCAUUCUAUUUCUAUGAUACUAACACUAUGACAUGAUGAAGGAACAAUAUUAACACAGUAUUUGUCACUGGUAGUUGAACACGCGUGAUAUCAUUGAGCAGGUACAGUAAUUGUGCUAGAUAAUCAUAACAAAAUCAGACACAAACAGUAGGAAUCACUUUUUGUUAAUAUUUUAUAUAGCCUGUGCCCCCAAAAAUCAUCUAGUCUGUUACAGUAACAAGCAUGCGCCCCCAGAAAUAUAUUCAUAUUUUGUGAAAGAAAUCUAUACCUACUGUUAUGUUGAUUUUACUUAUUGAUGUAAGUUUGACAUGGCUUUUUCUUUGGUUUUGAAUGGAAUAUUUCAUAUUGUGCAGAUAAACACCCAUAUUCAAUAACAGUACAACAAUACAUGAAAUUAUCUCAAAUUGUCUUUCUUUGCUUUACAAUAGUUAUGGUAUGAUUUAACAUGCUUAAAACCACCCUCUGUUUUAUUGUAUAGGCAGCAAAGUAUGGUAUUACACGCUACUCUCAUGUUCAACUCAAAGCCUCAAAAUGAUGCCUUCAUGAAUUUGUAUAUCAGUUGUGUGGGACUGUGGUGUGUCUUAACCAUACAGUUUGUCUCUAAACCAGAAGCAGAAGCACAUUUCGGGAGCCAGGAAUCAGGAUGUAUGUAUAUUAAAGUGACUAUUACAAAUCCAGUCUUGUUCCUUAUAUUUCUGCCUUCUUCUCUCAUCAUUAACAUAUUAAUGUUGUGACAGAUUGAAUCCACAGCGACUCAGCAUACUGUAUGUAAAUAUGAUCUAUAGUAAUGUCCGUCCAUAGAGCAGGUCCGUGUUUCCUUGACAACUUACAUCACGACUAAAAUCAUUUAGACUUGGGGCUAUUAACUUAGCCUAGAUCCAAACUAAAUUGCUCUGUUUGGUAAAGUGAAACAGAACUAUUCAGGUAGGAUCCAGGCUACUAUUAACUAGCUUAGAGAUUGUUUCUCACAAAACAAGUCAUUGCAGGACAGAAUAUGGACUACAUUAAGUAGAGGUGAUCUACUGUGUGCUACAUAAAAGAAAGGCCCAUAUGUGACAGCAACACGCAUGUACUACUGUGUAGCUUGUAUCUUUAAACUGUUCAAACCUUCCAGAUGUAACUCCCUCCCAGAGAGCUCAAGAAAUUAUGACAAAAGAAUAAUAAAAAUGUAAUGCAAUACCUUUA